AUGUCUUCAAUAGAUAGUAAUUUGUCAAUGGAAUUCGAACUUGAUAACGAAGAUCAAACUUAUAGCAUUGAUAAAGGCAAAGGGAAAGAAAUUGAAACACCAGAAUCCGUAAAAGAAGAACCUCCUUUACCAGAAUCAGUCGAAGAAGAGACAGAUUCUAGUGAAGAAGAGUCAUUGGAUCUACCACCUUCUAAAAGAAAGGAAGAAUUUAUAAGAAAGGAUCUUACUUUAUUGGAUUUUCUUCCAAUAUUAAAUAACUUCGAACCUCUUAUUCCUGACCACGUAUCGGAAUAUUAUCUUUCCAGGUCUGGAGCCUCUUGUGAUGAUAUUCGAGUAAUGCGUCUUAUGUCACUAGCCGCUCAAAAAUUUGUCGCCGACAUUGCAACAGAUGCAUUUCAAUAUUGUAAAAUUCGCCAACAAAGUAAAAAAAAUGUUGGAAAGCAACGCAACAAGACCGUCCUCAACUUGGAGGAUCUUGCUGCUGCGCUUUCGGAAUAUGGUAUAAAUGUCAAGAAACCCGAUUAUUACCGUGCUUAA